AUGCAGGGAUGCGGGGAACGGCUGAUUCAAUAUACAUGGUCCUUUGCGGGGGUAUCAUCUCACGAAGGCCGGCCCUGUGAAGCUCCUCUGCACAGAAAACCCGAAGAGAUACCCUAUCGUGCUGUUGUUCGAGAUACAUGGCGCAUCUACGGCGCUCCUGAUCGUACAUAUUCAAGACCGCAGCAAAGUCCCUGUGUGUCUUUGGCACUGACGUAUCUUGUCUUACCAUAUACCUCACACACAUGUGACGUUGUCAGAGAUAUCGAUAUCGUAUUGUGCCCAAAGUGUUCUUGUGCAUCGAAGCCGUACCUAUCACCGGCUCCGCAUCCUGGUUUGGCUCCUCCGCAUCAACAUAAUGGAUCUUAA